GGGGCCAUGGGGGGCCCCCGGGCCGCGCGGCUCCGGCUGCUCCUGCGCCCGGUCAAGCUGCUGCGGAGGCGCUUCCGGCUGCUGCUGCUGCUCGCCUUGGUGUCCGUGGGGCUCUGGACUCUUUAUCUGGAACUGGCGGCGUCAGCCCAGGUCGGCGGGAACCCCCUGAACCGCAGGUAUGGCAGCUGGAGGGAGCUGGCCAAGGCUCUGGCCAGCAGAAACAUUCCGGCUGUGGACCCGAAUCUGCAGUUCUACCGUCCCCAGAGGCUGGGCCCCAAGGACCCAGGCUCAGCGCGUGGUGGGAGUGGAAACAGCAGCUACCUGAAGUGGAACAAGCCGGUGCCCUGGCUCUCAGAGUUCCGCGGCCGCGUCAACCUGCACGUGUUUGAGGACUGGUGCGGCAGCUCCAUCCAGCAGCUGCGGAGGAACCUCCACUUCCCCCUGUACCCCCACAUCCGCACAACCCUAAGGAAGCUGGCCGUGUCUCCCAAGUGGACCAACUACGGCCUCCGCAUCUUUGGCUACCUGCAUCCCUUCAUGGACGGGGAGAUCCAGUUUGCCAUCGCUGCCGACGACAACGCAGAAUUCUGGCUGAGCCGGGACGACCAGGUCUCCGGCCUGCAGCUGCUGGCCAGCGUGGGCAAGACUGGAAAAGAGUGGACUGCCCCUGGAGAGUUCGGAAAAUUCCGGAGUCAGAUUUCUAAGCCAGUCAGCCUGGCAGCUGCCCGCCGCUACUACUUCGAGGUGCUGCACAAACAGAACGACCAGGGCACCGACCACGUGGAAGUCGCGUGGCGGCGGAAUGACCCCGGGGCCAAGUUCAGCAUUAUCGACUCUGCUUCCCUGUCCCUCUUCACAAAUGAGACCCUCCUGAGAAUGGACGAGGUGGACCACAUCCCACAUACAGCAGCCAGCCACGUGGGCUCCCCAGACCCGCUUCCCACUGAUGAACAACCACCCGCCGAUAUGCUGCGGCCCGACCCUCGGGACACUCUAUAUAGAGUGCCUCUGAUCCCCAAGGCUCAGCUCCGACACGUCUUGCCCGACUGCCCCUACAAGCCCAGCUACCUGGUGGACGGGCUCCCUCUGCAGCGCUACCAGGGACUCCGGUUUAUUCACCUGUCUUUUGUUUACCCUAAUGACUACACCCGCCUGAGCCACAUGGAGACCCAGAAUAAGUGCUUCUACCAGGAAAAUGCCUACUACCAAGACAGGCUCAGCUUUCAAGACUACAUCAAGAUUGACCAGCCUCAGAAGCAGGGCCCAGAGCAGCCAGCAGGUUUCGAGGACAGCCUUCUAGAAGAAUCCCAGUAUGGAGAAGUGGCAGAGGACACCCCUGGCCCUAAUGGCCAGAAUGCCAGGAUGCCAGCGGGGAAGUCGGACACCCCUGACCGCCGCCUCCGAAACCUGCGGAGACUCCUGGCUCGGGCCCAGGAGGGCCUGGCAGUGCCCCCUCCCUGGCAGAACUCCACAGCCUCCCUCCCCGUGAGGCCCAGUGCUGCCCCUGCCCAGCCAGCAGACAAGAAGGAGAGGAAGCCUAGCCUCGAGCCCCAUCAGGCUCCACAGCAUCCUGACAAGUGGCCCCUGGGUCCCCAGGCUGGGCACUCGCCUCCAGCUAAGAGGCCCAGGCCCCGCAGUGCCAGUCCUGGGAAGAUGCUUGGGCGGUCCCAGUGGCUGAACCAGGUCGAGUCGUACAUCGCAGAGCAGAGAAGGGGCGAUAGGAUGGAGCCUCCGGCCCCCAGAAGGGACUGGCCUGAAGAGCAGGAUGUGGUGGUGGCAGUAGCCAGCCAAGAAGGACAAACGGACGGCGAGGCUGAGGGGGAGGACGAGGGGGAGGACGAGGAGGAUGUGAGCGAGGUGUUGGAGUACCUGUCCAUGUUUGACCCGGUGGUGAACUGGGAGCAGACCUUCAGCGCCCACGACCUGGAUUUCCAAGCACUGCGGACAGACUGGAUCGACCUGAGCUGUAACACGUCGGGCAACCUGCUGCUUCCAGAGCAGGAGGCGCUCGAGGUCACGCGGGUCUUCCUGAAGAAGCUCAACCAGAGGAGCCGGGGGAGGUACCAGCUUCAGCGCAUUGUGAAUGUGGAGAAGCGGCAGGACCACCUCCGCGGGGGCCGCUACCUCCUGGAGCUUGAGCUGCUGGAUCAAGGCCAGCGCCUGGUGCGGAUCUCCGAGUUCGUGUCCACGCGCGGUUGGCAGGGCGCUGAUGCCGCAGGCGGGAAGGAGGCUGAGGCCCGGAACCUGCAGGGCCUGGUGUGGAGCCCACAUGACUUCCAGGGGCACGUCCCGGGUGCCCGGGCCCCGGAGCCCAAGCUGUGCUGGCCCCAGGGCUUCUCCUGGAACCACCGUGUCGUGGUCCACUUCAUUGUGCCGGUGAAGAACCAGGCGCGCUGGGUGCAGCAAUUUAUCAGAGACAUGGAGACCCUGUCCCGGGUCACCAGUGACCCACACUUCAAUAUCAUCAUCACCGACUAUAGCAGUGAGGACAUGGAUGUCGAGAUGGCCCUGAAACAGUCCAAACUGCGGAGCUACCAGUACAAGAAGCUAAGUGGGAAUUUUGAACGCUCGGCUGGACUCCAGGCUGGUGUGGACCUGGUGAAGGACCCGCACAGCAUCAUCUUCCUCUGCGACCUCCACAUCCACUUCCCAGCUGGCAUCAUCGACACCAUCCGGAAGCACUGCGUGGAGGGCAAGAUGGCCUUCGCCCCCAUGGUCAUGAGGCUGCACUGCGGGGCCACCCCCCAGUGGCCUGAGGGCUACUGGGAGGUGAACGGAUUCGGGCUGCUAGGCAUCUACAAGUCAGACCUGGACAGGAUCGGCGGCAUGAACACCAAGGAGUUCCGAGACCGCUGGGGCGGAGAGGACUGGGAGCUGCUGGACAGGAUCCUCCAAGCCGGCCUGGAAGUGGAGCGUCUCUCCCUCCGAAAUUUCUUCCAUCACUUCCAUUCCAAGCGGGGCAUGUGGAACCGCCGCCAGAUGAAGACGCCAUAACCUCGGCAGGGGUGGGGCGCCCGCUGGACCGAUGGCUUCGGGCACCUGGACCGCGGUGGCCCGGCCAGUGCCCACUCGCUGCCGGAGCGGGAAGGGAGGGGAGCAGGGGCCGUGGUGGGCCCGAGCAGCCUCCGAGUCGGUCCCCCUUGCCCCGGCGGCUGCCCUCCGCCUCUGGGCCUCCGGGGCCAGGAGACGAGACAGAGGUGGCAGAGUUCUCAGGAAGGGCAGCGGGACCAGGUUGAGGGAGGCGAGCCCAACCUGGGCAGACCACACUGACCAGGAGGCGCCUUCCAGGGCCCACCUGGGGCUCCUUGGGGGGGCAGUGACCAUGGACUGGAAGCUCUUCUAUUGGGCGAAUUUUAUUGGGGUUUUACUUUUUUUUUUUUUAACAGAACACCAAAACCACACAUGUCCAGACCCAGCAUAGACUGUGAGGGGGGGUGGAGUUGUGCAUUUAGGAAGGGCACCCCGCCUCCCCUGCAUACCUCAGACCCACAGGUGCGUCCCUCGGCCCUGGGGAGCUGGCCCCACGUGGAGCUGUUCCCAGCUCCCCUGCAGAUCCAUGCCUCCAGGACACACACACUCUCCCAGGUAGCCAACCGACAGCUGGCCGCGGAUCAGGGCAUUAACCUCACCCUCCAGCUGCACUGACUCCAGGCUGGCUGGAAGCACAGAGGGGACCAACUCCUCCCAGUGCCUCAGGGGUUUGGGGCCAGGGAACCAACAGGGGGUGGUGGGCUCCUGGCUCCCCUGUGCAGGGCAUGGCUCCCACAUGCAUCACAGGUGAGGGAGGGUGGGGGGGGGAAUGGC